AUGACGCUCAAAGGUGACGCCGUGUGGGCGUUGGGGGUGAUGUGGUUUUUGUGUACCCUGGUGUUCUUGCUGAUGUGCCUCCGACUAUACACCCGCAUCGUCUGCUUGUCGUCUUAUGGACUUGACGACCACAUCUACAUUGUGGCCUUUAUCUUUCUCCUCAUCUUCACCAUCUUUAUCCACCUCUCGGGAACCGUGGGCUUUGGGCAGACGAUGGAGGAAAUCGGCGACAUGGAACUAGUAGUGAAAGCCACUUUGUACGAGUGUAUCGGUCAAGGCUUUGCCAUCGUCGGUAUGGCCAUCGCCAAGGCGUCUCUGGGUACUUUCUUGCUCCGUCUCGUCACUGUGAGGUGGCACAGAAUCGCCAUUUGGUCAGCCCUGGGGCUCGUGAGCGGCGCCUCCAUUGCCCAAGUUCUGUGCUUCUGGCUUUCAUGCGUUCCCGUCAACUACGUCUACGACCGCCGCAUCGAGGGGGGCUACUGCCCCAUCGACACAAGGCCGACUUCUUAUCUUCUCUGCACUUCCACCAUCGUCGUCGACUUCUUUUUCGCUCUCUUUCCCUGGUUAAUCGUUAUGCCCUUACAAAUGCCCAAACGCGAAAAGUUCACCAUCGCCGGUAGCAUGAGUCUCGGCUUGAUUGCUGCCGCAGCUGGCAUCGUUCGCACCUUCGAAGUCGAAGGCCUCUACACAGCCUCGUACCUCAAGGACUCCGUCGGUCUCAUCGUCUGGUCCUCCGCCGAGAUGGCCAUCACCCUCAUCUGCAUCGGCAUUCCCGUCUGUCGUCCCCUCUACAAGCGCGCCUUCCGACGUCUCCUCGGCGAGAGCACCAGCGGCUACCACAAGCAAUCCGGCGGCAAGGACGGUCAAGGGUCCUCUCACGCUCUGCAAACCAUCGGCGGUGGCGUUCUGGGCUCCGACGGCAAACCGAUCUCAAAGAAGCUUGCGCAAUCGCAGCAGGUAUCUGCCAAUAAGGAUGGUCGCACCACGGUUACAGGGCAGAAUGAGAGCACAGAUGAUAUCAGCUUUACGGAUGUCAAGUUGGGCGUUGAUGGGCCCUUUACACGGACAACGGUGGGGAGGGGGCGCGACGGGAGUGCAGGCAACGGGAACAGCUCUGAUGAGGAGAUCCUCAAUGAGUACAGGCGGAGUCAGAUGGACGACCACAAUGGGCGCGUGGUGAGGGUGGAUGUUGAGAAUGGAAGGGUGCAACAUGGGGAGCACAGUCAGGCGCACAAUCACAACGGUAUCAUGAUUACAGAAACCUACCGAGUGGAAAGGUCCUGA